CACAUGUGCAUCCAACACGCCUACACCAGCCUCGCCAUUGUGGCUUUGAGUACCACUAUAUGUGUCCCUUCCAGAUGAAAGAAAAUUAAGAUUCGGUUCCAGUGCUGAUGCCACGGCAGGGCCAACCGCCCAGGCAAAGCAGGACAUCCCUCCAGCACCACAUAGAAAGAGGAAGAACAACAAAAAUUAAUCAUACCGAAGAGAAAAUAGAAUCUCCAUCUUCACACAACCACCACCCAUCCGAGGACCCAACCGACCAGUGCCGGUCGACCUCCAGACACUAUAGCCGCGACCUCGACGAGAUCCGGGGAUCCCCCACCCCACUAGCCCCUAGACGAAGGCAAGAGCUUCGUCUGACCGUGAGCGGAGUCCAAAGAAUCUUAUUCAAACGCGACGUCGCCGCAACAACCUUGGCAGCAUCUCCCUCAAACCUAACCCUACUGCGAACCCACCCCACGCACAAAUCCAAGGCCCUCCUCCCUCCCGCCACCGGCACGGCCGGCGGAGGGAGAGGGAACAGCGGCAGUGCCGGCGACACGCAAAGGAAAGCCCCGCUCGCCUCCUUUCCGCCUGUGCAGGCGAUCCAAUCUGAAAGGACGAGCGGCGAACACAACAAAACAAUGGUAUUUGACCAUUGCUAGUACUCCUAGAAGAGAUCAUGGUGCUCCCUCGACUUGGCUUGGCUGGUCGACGAGGAGUGGCGGCUGUUCGUCUAGAACGCGCGGUAGGUUUUUGCGACGGUAAAAUUAUUGUAUGUACGGGCAAUCCAACGGCCCCGGUUUUACCAAAGUGCAAUCGCUUCUCUCCAACCCUGCCGCCCGAAGGCUGCAGCCAUGCGGCGGCACUACGCCGAGCUCUUCCGCCGCGCCGCCUCGCUGCCGUCUCUCUCGCUGGUGGCCUCCCUCCACGGCGCCGCACUCCGCCGAGGCGCGGUCCUCGUCCCCUCGCUCAUCCAUGCCUACUCCGCGUGCGGCGACCCAGCCUCCGCCCGCAGCGUGUUCGACGGAUUGCCCGCACAGGAGCAGACGCUCUCCGCGCGCACCGCGCUGGCCAGCGCGAUGUCCGCGCACGGCAGGUGCCGGGAGGUGCUCGGCCUGUUCCGCGGACGGGAGGGGGAGAUGGACGACAAGGCGGUGACGGUGGUCCUUGCCGCGUGCCGUCUUCCGUGUGCUAGGGCCGGGAUGGUCAGUGAGGGGAGGGAAGUCUUCGCGAGGGUCAGGAGGCCAGCGUUGCAGCACUACACGUGCAUGGUGGAGAUGCUCGGACGUGCUGGGGAGGUCGAGGAGGCAGAGGGGCUGCUCGCGCGGAUGGAGGCACGGCCAGACAGGAUCAUCUGCACGGUGCUGCUCGCUGCGUGCCGGGCGCAUGGCCGUGUCGAUGUGGCUGAGAGAGUGGCUAGGUUGAUGAGCGAGUAUGGCAUUGUGUGAAUUUUGGCAUAUUGAUCUGUUGACAAACUGGCCAUUGUGUGAGGCUGUUAGCCAAGACCAGUGAUCAAAACCAUUGUGAUAUGGAGCUGAUAACACAUAGUUUGAUUGACGGCAAUGGUGGUUCAUGAAGUUCAUGCAGUAAUGCAGUAUACAACACAAGCACCUGGCCGGUGAGAUCUGAAUUUUGUAGAAGUCUAUGCUGCAGUGGACGGACCACAUGAGCGCCAGCACACUUCACUGCUUGAACCUGUAUGGAAGCACAGUUCGAAGGCACCUAUCAGAUUGCUAUAAAAUGGGUAACGCCGGUACUAUAGACCAUCUGUAGUGGAAUGCCCGUCAGUUUUCUCAGUUGCUGACUGUCUAAGCUCUCUGAGUAGCUUGAUGAUGGGCGUACAUUUCUCAUUUCUGGACUGUAAGUUGUCAAGCUUAAUGGAGCCUGGCAGCCCGUAAUGCAACACAAAGAGAAGUCGCCAAAGUUAAUAGCCGAACUUGUCAAUAUUGUUAAUAGCCGUAACUGUCAAUCUUGACUUCUUGAGUGAAUUGUUGAGGAGCAGUUUCGAUCAAACUGUCAAUCUUGACUUCUUGAGUGAAUUGUUGAGGAGCAGUUUCGAUCAAAUUUUGUUGAAGCUGGAUGUGGUGGGAACUAUCAAAAUACAGGAAGUCUGCUCCAAGAACCUGUUGUGAGAUCUUCUAGGAUUCAGUUUUCGGAUACUUCAUAGUUCUGGCAUUCUCUCACGGUGGAAACUGUACCUCCUGCUAUGUUUCAAUUUACUGAGCAUAGAUCAUCUGUUUUAAAUGGUUAGUCCCUUCACUAUUGUGUCCACUGUCACAGCAAUCAACGGAUCUUAUUCUGGACAUAUGUGCAAUGACGCUUGAGCAAAUCAGCUCUCUGAUAUAAAUACUCACGUUGACGCAAAACGUCCAUCUCGCAUGCGACACAUGGGUGCGAGGGAAUGCGGAGUUGGGUAUUGCUGGUAAGAGACAGAACAAGUGCAACCUGGUUGGGAAACUAGCAGGAGAGAUGAGGAAGCGGUUGUUCUGGUCACGAGCACAGCUGAGCUCGUUAUCUGGGCAGCUCGGCUCUUCAUUGGGAUGCGGUGCAUUCAAUUCCUGUGCCAGUGCGUUGAUCGUUUUUAAAGGAGGAAAUGUGGAAAUACAGUAGAUGGGUACGACGUACGUAGGUCUAGUUACGGAGCGGACGUUUGCUGCCGUGAUGGAUCUAAAGGAGAGCCGUGGCUCGUGACAUCAGUCCCGUCCUGAUCCGUGGAUCAGGAUGCAUGCUUUCCAGUAGGGCGGUAGUAGAGUAGUAAAUGAGGGAUGGCACCAAGACGGAGUUGCCUCCAAUCUCUACCUGCCCUGUUUGUGCACUGUAGCUUGCGGCUAGCUGAGCGGCGGAGUUCAUCCUGCAAGAAUACACAGCUGGCAGCGCAAAAAUGGAGUUCCUGAUGCAACCAAUUAGGAGGUAGUCCCGUGUGCAGCUUUCAGCCGAGUACAUCUUUUUUUGGAGUUUGCAUGAAAUCUAUAUAAUAUUUCAAGAUUUGGGCAAUCCAGGACCACGUUGCUGGAUGAGGUUAAUGACAACAAGGUUCCAAUGGAGCCACUGCACUACCAUGCGGUGGCAACUGUUGCUGAUCAGUUGUCACCCAUGGCGGCAACGAGUGCUGGCGGGCAGAUCUGUGCGGCAGAGGGGGCGGCGGUCACGGAAGCAGAUGGUGAAGCGCAAGCAAAGUAGAUAUGCAAUUUGAAAUCGUGUGCCUAGAUAGGGUGAGGAUCGGAGCUGCCGCUCCCGGUAGGACGCCUUGUCCUAGUCGCACGAGCGCCCUUGAGAAGGCAAUAUGUGGUUUUGCGGAGAAUCCAGGGAAUGUGAUUGUGUCUGCAUCGGGUACAUUGAAGGAAAUCUUUUCUUGUACUGCAUAGCUUUAUACAUUGUCGUACCAGACCUGCGAGUUUUAUGGAUAGGCAUGUCUUUGAGAACAAUAAUAUCAUCACAGUUCUGUCCAUACAUAUUUAUCGUUCAUUCUUCUGAAAUUAUGUGGACAAUAUCAGCAUUUUUAUUACUUUACCGUCAUAUCUCAUUAAUUGAUAUAGUUCAGGUCCACACUGUGUUCACUGCUUUUAUAUCACGGACAGAUUAUCUAAGAAUUUAGAAGUGAUUUUCUUUUCACAUAAUGUAAGUUACUGUUGCACAUGCUUUAUUCACUUCAUGAUCUUGCAGUCUGAAUACCAAUUGAUAGUGAUAAUGCUCGUACUUCUAAAAAACCGUGGUUGAAUAAGGAGGGAUUGCACUUGCCUGGUUGUACGGUGCCAUUCAGUUAUCAGUAGUCUAGCACAUCAUUUGUGAAGCAUGAAAGGCAUGAAUCAAUUCUUUUCCAGGAUUCUGGCUUUGUUGACUGAAGUGGGUAUUGUUAGGAUCCAGAGCGGUUAAAUUCAGGAACUGUGAUUGUUAAUUAUGUAGUCUUAUUUGUGAUUUACCUGUAACUACAGUGCUAAUUCUACAUCUCUGAGUCUUAUUUGACUCUUGUUUAUUGGUAUUUGAUAGAUGAGCAGGAUAGGAAAGGUUAAUAUCGGAAGUGCUGUUCUGCGCCUGGGUGCAUACACACCCGAGCUGAACAGUAGUAAAUUUAGAAAAAAAGAUAGGAAUAAAUAAACUUUGAUUUUUUAUUGCAUUCUAUAUAUAGAAUUGUCCAAAUUCUUCUGAAGCAUCCAGAUACCAUUGCCAAACCAAACAUCAGGAUGUGGUUUGACCUGAUGGAUGAUUGCUGUGCUCACCAUGCCAUUGGAUGUAGGAAUUUAUGGGAUGGAAACUUUGAGAUCAUUAUGAACUUUGCCAGGAUACCCUUUUUGUAAUGGGAUUUUUUUGGAUUCAUAAUCUCUGUUUGUUCUUUUGCACAUGGCGGGAGCGGCCUGUUUCAGUCUUGGAUUACUAAUGCGUGCUGAGUUGCUGCUGCCUUUUGAUCAGAUUGUAAGUGUAAACUCAAACAGGUGGCGGAAGCCUGUGUUGCUGCCUUUGGGACAAGUGGAAGCAUCACUGCCUUUUCAUGUACAACCACGAGUAUGUUGUGGCUGCCGGAGCAGCUCUCCCCUGUGCCAGACAUUUGCUUCGCCGGUGCCGACAGACAGAUGGAGACGAUGGAUGAAGGAGCAACCGGUGGCUGGCAGCCAAGGCAAAGGCAAGGCAAGGAGGACCUUCCAGCUGCAUCCUCGGAGGAAAUACUGACCGUGAACUCAUCCGUCAUGGCGUUCUCCUGAUCCGUGGAAUGUACCGGAUGGAUUCCGAUCCCCGUGCCCGUCGCAGGUGCCGUUUGCUCGACGGCUGUCCACGGCCGUUGCUUUCGGUUUGCCGACUGGGGCUGGAGUGCAGGGCGUGCAAAGGUCCAAACUGAGCGCUGCCGUGCCAAGCUACGGUUAGCGUUGCUUUCACCCUUGGUCUCUUCUCCGUGUUUAUCUGAUUGCGCUGCAAUGCCGCAUGCAUCCGGUGUUUGUCUACUUCCGUGUCUUUCUUUUGCUGGCUGUCGACAAGUCGUGUAUUUUCCCUUUUGGAACUGAAGUCGAUCUACCUUGCACGCAAGGAGCGCGGAAUUCAGUCUAUAUUUUCUUGAUUUUCCUGAUAUAGUAUUUGAACAGUGUUCAACACUAUGUUUCUUAGCAAAAUACUUACUACCUCGUUAUAUUA